AUGGUUCGCGCUGCGAGAACCGCGCUUCCGGUCGUUCCUGGGUUCCGAAUAGUGCGAUGCGCUAGGUCCGAGCAGCGUCGCCUCCUGCGGCCACGUCCCAACGAACGUGUUCUGCGUAAAUUGCUGCUCCUGGUCAAUGAGUUGCUAUGCGCAAGACUUGAUCUCGAUCGGGACACCGGUCACGUACGAUCGGGAUCAGAUGUAAAUGAGAUCGACCCAACAUGGUCAUAUAUGAUUCGGCAUCAACAGGCUUCGUCAUUGCAGCUGCACGUUGAGCAAGCCGCGGUCGUAAUUGUGAACAUGACAGGAGGUUGGCUUCUAGGUGUCACACUCGAGGUCAGACAGCUGGAUUGCCUCGAUCGACCAGGAGCAGAGCCCUCUCGAGCGACGGUAGCUUCCGUGUUGCUCUGCACAAGUGCCACGAGGCGGGAUGAUGCAGUUGGAUGCACUGCACAACGGAAGCUUCUGAUUGCUGGUCUGGUACUGCUUCUGGACGGAGCGAGCGGAGACUUGUGCAACGUCGGGAUGCUGGAAGAGCGAAUCCUGCAGCGUAUCGUGCACAUGCUUCCUCCCCGAGCCCAAUUUCGCAUGCGCCUCAACUACCUCCAGACCAGCAGCCAAUCCUUUCCCAUCGUCCCGCCCACACCGUGCUUCUCGCAUCCUGACCACGCCCUGAAAACGCGCUCGAUGCCACCCGCAAUAUCUCCCGCUGUACUGUUGUUUCCAUACUACAGCUUUGGGGUCUACAACACCCUAACAUAG